UGUUUUUGUUCUAUUGAUUCUAUUUAGAAUUGCAAGCUGAUUCUGCCCCCACUACUGAACCUUUGCAGCUGAAUAGCCACCAGCUGCAACUAUCACCUGUGACUUCCGGUUCCUGUGAGGCAUAUCCUGUGCCAUGGCACAAAAUGCCACCCCAACUUAUGAUUGCUGUUGAAGAAAAGAAAAGACCAAAACCUAAAGACAGAAGGGAACUUGUUCGCAUCAUCAUUGAUGAUGUUCUUGGGAAGGACCAAAAAAGGCCUGGAAGAGCUAAGUUGAGGAACAUUGCACAGCAGAUCAUAGAGCAAUAUCCCUGCUCUUUCCAAGACAGAGAGGUCAAUGGAUUAAAAGUUGUUGGAACAGGAUAUGAUUCUCUGUUUAUACAGCUUGAAAACAGAGUUGAAAAUGUUAUGAGACCAUUGAGCUUUGGUUCAACAAAGAGACAAUGCGAAGAUGAAAUGGCAUCACAGAAAAAGUCUUUGCCUUCAAAUCGCUAUGGUUGUGUGCAGUGGCAGCCAACUGCUGAGAAUGUGACAAACCUAAAAUUCACACAGGAACAACUGAAAACUGCCUUCCAAACAAAUCAUUUUCCAGAGUCUGAUGUUCGAAGAAUGAUGGCUGAAACCUAUAGCAUCCAGCGAGCAGCAAUCAACAGAGGAAACUCCAUCAGCAAGUUAUUAGAAGACUGGCCUUUUCUCUUUGAAGCAAUCCACCUGUUUGAUCACACAACCACCCUUCUUGGCUUCCCAGUACAAACCAGACUGGCAGAGGAAUUGUCAAAGAAAGAAAAGACAAUAAAGGACUUCCUUGGGUCCAGAGGGGUGGAUAUUCCAGGAAGUGAUGCUGUCCAGGUGAUUAGUGGAAUCGCAAAAUUCUUCAAGGAGAAACCAGCCCAACUAUUUUGUCAAAAUGAGCUGCUGCAUCCAGAGAGUCCUGAUCUUGACCUGCCAAGCACCCCAUGCAUCUUUAUAAUGGGUGAACAGCUUUUUAAAGUUGCUGUUGACCAAAUGAUUGUGAAUGACCACAUCAAGUCACCCAUCGCUGCCCUAAGCUACGCCUUCUCCAUGUUUUAUGUCUUGAACAUAAAAUAUCCAAAAGACAUGUCCCUGACACUGGAAUUUAUACAAAGAGUCUUUCUGGGCUUAAACCCCAAACGAGGGUCAAAGGCUGAAAUGAAGGGGAAGAAGCAUCAUCACAUUCCACCCCGACUGCUCAAGUUUGUAAAUGAACUGUAUGACUUUGACAGUCCAUGGAAAAUUUGAUUCUUGUAAAAGGUGAUGCUUCAUAAUGUUCUCUGUUAUGUUGACAGCAGUUCAGAAAAUAGUAGUUGGAUGUUGGUCCUUGUUUACACCUGUGAUUUUAAUCUUGUAAUGCAAAUUGCAAGAUUAAAAUUGUAUUUUUUUAAUGUUAGUGUUGGAUUGUGUUAAUUAAAUUAAACUUAACAAAAUUAUUAAAUUGACUUCAAAGUCUGGACUCAAGAAUGAACUUUACAUUGACCUUAACAACUUUAAAAAUAUGUUUGACUGAAUAUAUAAUUGAGAAUGCAAUUUGUAAUUAUAUUGUAAUGAUGUGUUGAUAUGGUAUUGAAAAACCAUGAACUGCAAAAUAAAAUUUGCAAAUGGA